AUCGGUUCAUGAUCUCAAUUAAAAUAUUUAUCUGAAAACUUAAGUGAGUAUAUAUGAUUUACUUGUUACUUUUUGAUUUAGGAUAAUUCAUCAGCUGAUUUCAAUUGAUGAAAGAUACUACUCGUUUAAUUUACUUGCAAACUUACGAUAGUUUUUCUUCCCCCUAUCGAUCAUGAUCCCACCCACCUUUUAAUUAUAAGCAAUAAAUAAGAAUAAGUUUUGAUAAAGAUAUAUAUAUGUGUAGGACAGACAUAUCUAAUGAGAAAAAACACACACACACACUCAUCAUAUGAAUGUCUAUCCUACAUAAAUUCAUGGAUAGUCUACCUUUAUUAUGGAAUUUUUUACGGAUUGUCACAUGUGUGUUGCCCACUAAAUUUUUUUUCUUUUAAAAACUGAUUUAUGAUUGGUUAAUUAUUGGGCGAUUUGACCUUGUAAUGAUUAGUAUUAGAUAUAAUACAUAUAUCUUAAGUAAUGGAGUUACUAUGUCUCUGAGUCUUUAGAAUUUUUUUUAUUUUUUAAUUGUUACUAUUCGAUAUUGUACAUUAAAAAGAGAAAAAAAAGAAGAAAUUUAGUUGCUAUGAGCAAUAAAAGAAUUAAACGAUCUAUACCAAUAUGGUCAACAUGUUUUUGUAUUGAUAUUCAUCGUUGUGGAUUAUUUAAACAAACCAAUCGAAAAUUAGCUUAUUUCAUACAAAAAGGUAAUCUUCCAGCAAUUGAACAUAUAUUAAAACGUAUAAAACAACCAUUAAAUAAUUUAACAAUAAUUGUGAAACGACAUCAAUUCAAUACAUUCUAUCCAUAUUUAAUGAAUCAUCAUCAUCAUUAUUUUUAUCAAGAAUGUUCACCAGUUCUAUGGGCUAUAGAUUGUUUACAAUGGAAUGUUUUACCAUUAUUAUCCUAUUAUGGUAUCGAUAUCAAUCGUCCACAAUUAUGCCGUCGUUGGACAGAUUGUAUAUGUAAAAAGAAUUCACGAUCAAAUAAUCAUAAUAAUAAUAAUAUAUUACCAUAUCGGAAAUUUUGGACACAUGGUCAUUAUACAUAUCAAUCUGCAUUAGAUUAUUUCUUUGCUAGUAUUUAUGAAUAUAUCAAUGAUAAUUAUUUAAAUGAUAUUAAUCUAUUAACAUUUUAUAAUAUACAUUUAACAAAUCUAUUAACAAAAGGUAUUGAUAUACAUCGUAUUAAUUCAGUAAUUAUAUUUAAUUUAUUAGCAAUUAGUUUUAAUCAAUAUUUAUAUCAAUCUAUCACAUCUAUAAAUAAUCAUUUAAUAUUAACAAAAAUUAAUAAUCAAUCAUUUAUUGAAUUAUUGAUUAUUAAAAAACUUAUUAAAAAUGGUUAUUCACAAUUUGAAUGUAUGGAUUAUUUAUAUUCCUAUUGUAAUUGGUUUAGUAUAUUAUUAUGUAUAUUAUGUCAUCCGAAUAUUGAUCUAUAUCAUAAUAAUAAUAAUAAUAAUAAUAGUAAUAGUAAUAAUAAUAAUAGUAAUAAUAAUAAUAGUAAUAGUAAUAAUAAUAGUAAUAAUAAUAAUAGUAAUAGUAAUAAUAAUAGUAAUAAUAAUAAUAAUGGUAAUAAUAAUAAUAGUAAUAACAGUAAUAGUAAUGAUGAAUAA